CUCUGUCAAAAUCUGCUGUCAAAUUCGAAACGUCAGAAAAUAUUUUUAUUGUAAUUUUCCAGUCUUUUUUCCAUGAAAGAGUAAUUAACAUUGUAAAAACACUGACAUUUUUUUAAACCGCAAGUGUUUCAAACCGUAACACUUCUUGUUUUAUUAUUGUGAAAUGCCGACAUAACCUAAAAAAGUAUAGACACAAAUCUGCAAAACAAUGUGGCGCAAUACACUAAAUAUAAUUUCUAAACUGUCCCAUCAGGGUCCGAAGUUAUCAUUAUGUCCCAAAAAUGGACCUCAGUCGUUUAGAAAUGACCUGACUUGCAACAUCAGCACCACUUCGAAAUUGGCGAUGUUCGUGCAAACUCAAGACACCCCAAAUCCAAACAGCUUGAAAUUUUUACCAGGCGUCAAAGUUUUGGAACCCGGACAAACCAUAGAUUUUCCCACUGGGCAAGCAGCGUUUUGUUCGCCCCUAGGAAAGCAGCUUUUUCGAAUUGAAGGCGUGAAGAGCGUCUUCUUGGGGCCCGAUUUUAUUACAAUCACAAAAAUCGACGAUGAAGUGGAAUGGAAGGUAAUCAAACCUGAGAUUUUUGCCACCAUUAUGGAUUUCUUUGCUAGUGGAUUGCCAGUGCUUUCUGAUGUGACGCCCAAUGCAGACACGCAAAUAAAUGACGACGAUAGUGAGAUUGUUCAAAUGAUUAAAGAAUUGUUGGAUACGCGAAUACGACCUACGGUACAAGAAGAUGGAGGUGAUAUAGUUUUCAUAGGGUAUGAUGAUGGAAUUGUUAAACUCAAAUUACAAGGUGCAUGCACUAGUUGUCCAAGUUCUAUUGUUACUUUGAAGAAUGGGGUCCAGAAUAUGUUACAGUUUUAUAUCCCCGAGAUCCUGGGGGUUGAACAGGUUCAAGAUCAAGUAGAUCUAGUUGCUGAGCAACAUUUGCGAAAAUUCGAGGCUAGAUUAAAGAAUGAGAAUAAGGAAUAAUUUAAAGUGUAGUCUAAAAUUGUAAAUAUUUAUUAUAUUAGUGAUAUUAAAUUUGUUAAGUUGC